UUUAGUUCCUUAUGCGUCACUUCGUGCACUUUAGUUACACGCGAUUUACCUGCCGGUUGCACGGAAGGUACUGCAGUUUGUAAUCCAGCGCGACCGCAUUUAAACAUCCGUGGAAAUGGCCCAGUGUACAGCACCGUCUUCUAGCACCAGUUUAAAUGGGCAGCCGAUAAAAAGAAAAGUGGCGAUCAUCACGGGCAUCACCGGACAGGAUGGCUCGUACUUGGCAGAGUUCCUGCUGGAGAAGGGCUAUGAGGUGCAUGGAAUCGUCCGCCGGUCCAGCUCCUUCAACACUGGCCGUAUCGAGCACCUCUACAAGAACCCACAGACCCACCUGGAGGGAACAGGUAGUAAUGGAUCUGGACGAAGCUAUAUGAGACUGCACUAUGGAGAUCUUACAGACAGCACUUGUCUGGUGAAGAUAAUCAAUGAGGUCAAGCCAACAGAGAUAUACAACCUGGGUGCCCAGAGCCAUGUCAAGAUCUCGUUCGACCUGGCGGAAUACACGGCUGACGUGGAUGGUGUGGGCACUCUGCGCCUACUGGACGCCGUCAAGACCUGUGGCCUGACGGGCAGUGUGCGCUUCUACCAGGCUUCCACCAGUGAGCUAUACGGCAAGGUGCAGGAGAUCCCUCAGCGGGAGACCACGCCCUUCUACCCACGCUCGCCCUAUGGUGCGGCUAAGCUGUAUGCCUACUGGAUAGUGGUGAAUUUCCGGGAGGCCUACAAUCUCUUCGCGGUCAAUGGCAUUCUUUUCAACCACGAGAGCCCACGGAGAGGGGCCAAUUUCGUGACACGGAAAAUCAGCCGCUCAGUGGCCAAGAUUCAUCUUGGGCAGCUGGACUGUUUCAGCCUGGGUAACUUGGAUUCCAAGAGGGACUGGGGUCACGCCAAGGACUAUGUUGAGGCUAUGUGGCUGAUGCUUCAGGAGGAGGAGCCAGAGGACUACGUGAUUGCCACCGGCGAGGUGCACAGCGUGCGCGAGUUUGUGGAGAAGGCCUUCAAGCACGUGGGGAAGACCAUUGUGUGGGAGGGCAAAGAUGAGAAGGAGGUGGGCCGUUGCCAGGAGACCGGGGACAUUCACGUGAGGGUGGAUCUGAAGUACUACCGGCCCACUGAAGUGGACUACCUGCAGGGGGACAGCAGCAAGGCACAGAAGAGGCUGGGCUGGAGGCCUCGAGUGACAUUCGAGGAGCUGGUGAAGGAGAUGGUGGACGCAGACAUCCAGCUAAUGAGAUCCAACCCAAACGCCUGACGAAUCCGAGACCUGAUCCGGCCGAACUUCGUGCGAACUGCGCCAUGCUCCAAUUAGCCCAUCUUGCGUCAUCAUUUUUAUUUCGUCCAAUCAAUGACUUUGAUUUUUUUUUUUUCGGCGUUUUCUUGGGAGGGAAAAAAAUGUUGAAUUAUGCCUCUAUGGUGUCCAUUGUUGCUUACUUUUUAUAUGGCCUGCUGAUGCGGUUGGUAUGGGACUUUUCCAGAUUAAGCCUAUCUUUUGUUUAAAGGGCAACACAAUGGGGUAGGCUACGGGUAAACUUGAAAAUCGCUUUUAAUUUCUCCUAUUUCUGUCUGUUUAUUGUUAACUGAAUUCCGCUCAUUUCCUGUCUCCAAAUUUAGUAUUGUAUUGAAUGUUGAGUUUUGAAUUCCCUUAUUCUAUUUUCACAUGUCGUAGAUUAUUAAAAUGUGAAUUGUUUUAUAUAAUAAAAAAGGAUUUUACUAUAAAUCGAAUUGUAUUGGAAUAACGUAUGGAAAUUUUAAUGGAAAUAAAAAAUAUAUAACACGUUUUAAAUGCGACAA